CUUUCUUUCUUUCCUAUCCAUUCCAGAGUUUGGUUGAAGAAUAAAGGAGAAAGUGAAGCAGUAAAGAUGACAAACAAUGACCUAGAUGAUCCAGGUAAAGAUUCCGGUUCUACAGAACCAAUUAACACACAACGAGAAGGCAAAGAGAUAGAAAACGAAGACGAGAGUGAUGAUGACAUUGAAGAAGAAGAAGAAGGAGAUGGAAACGAUGAAAACGAAGACGAAAAUGCUUACACUUUCCAAUUUGAAGAUGAAAUGGAUCCCUUAUCGUUUGCUGAAGUUGACGCAUUUGGUAUCCAGCCUUAUCAGCAAUUCGAACGUCUAGAGAACGAGUAUCAAGCUUUGGCCGAAAAGAAACGAAAAGCAAUAGAGGAUAACUCUCAAAAUAACGAAAUUGUCGCUAAAAAGCCUAGAUACGAGGGUAUAACUGAAGCAAGCAUGGAAGAGAUAAUGGAAGUCAUGAACUAUGGUCGGCGAAGAAAAUCAAAGAAGCUUAAGAAGAAAGGUAGACGCAAAGGAUCAAGAAAUAAACUUGACCCAAGAAUCACGAAAAAGCUUGGUACUGCUACUCUUCAUUAUGCCCAUGGACGUCAUGAGGAGGCCAUAGCUAUCCUGAGAGAAGUUGUCCGCCUUGCACCAAAUUUACCUGAUCCAUAUCACACUCUUGGACUAAUAUACAAUACAAUUGGUGAUAACAAAAAGGCUUUGAGUUUUUACAUGCUUGCUGCACAUUUGACCCCAAAGGACUCGUCUCUCUGGAAGCUCCUACUCAAUUGGUCCCUAGAGCAAGGGAAUUCUGGUCAGGCCAGGUACUGUCUUUCUAAAGCUAUAAAAUUAGAUCCUGAUGAUGUUAAUCUUAUAAAACAUCAAGCUUCUCUUUAUGUUGAGAUUGAGGAUUACCAAAGAGCUGCUGAAUCAUACGAGGCAAUUGCACGACUCUGUCCUGAGAAUAUUGAAGCACUUAAGAAAUCCAUAAGAUGCCACCAAAAAUGUGGUCAGAAAGAACAGGCAACCAAUCUUCUAGAGGAAUACUUCAUAAAGCAUCCAACUGAAGUUGAUUUCAGCAUGAUUGAUAUUCUAGCGGCAAUCUACAUGGAAAAUAAUGAGCAUGUAAAAGCUCUUCAGCGUAUUGAGCACGCAAAGCAGAUAUAUUGUGGAGGUGAAAAUUUACCACUACAUUUAGCUAUCAAAGCAGGAAUCUGUAAUGUUCGUCUGGGAGAAAUAGAGAAGGCCGAGGCUAUUUUCACCAUUGUGGAACCAGAGAAUAUAUGCAAUUGUUGGCUUCUAGUUAGAGAAGUUGCUGAAUCAUUUAUGGAUCUUAAUCGUUAUGACUAUGCCUUGAAGUACUUCCACAUUGUAGAAGGGGCUGAAAAAGAAACAAAUGGAUUAUUAUACAUGAAAAUGGCUCGGUGUUACUCAUUCCUUAGUAAUAAGGCACAAGCAAUUAAGUAUUUUUAUAAAGGUUUGCAAAUGCUCGAGGACGAUAUUGAUGCUCGUUUAACUUUAUCUUCCUUUCUCCUUGAGGAUGAAAAGGUGGAUGAAGCCAUAUCUGUCCUUUCACCACCUACAGAUUCGGAAUCAGAAAUUGAUCCAGAUUUUGAUAAAUCAAAGGCAUGGUGGCUUAAUGGGAAAAUUAAACUUAAGCUUUGCCAUAUUUACAAAAGCCGGGACCAGUUGAUGGAAUUUGCUGAUACUAUAAUCCCUACGAUUAGAGAAUCAUUGUGUUUUGAAGGAAUAAAACGGAAGGUUAGAAACAGGAAAAAACUCUCUAAAAAGGUUCUUUUUGAGAGAGUCAAAGUAUUGAAUGAAGGUCAAAAUGAUAAUGUCUUUCAAGGAUUCAGACCUGUAGCUUCAUCUUUGGAAGUAGCUAAAGCUUUGAGAGCAAAGAAGGUGCUGGAGAAGAAGGCAACUUUAAAGGAAGCAAAUAAAUCUGCAACACUAGCUGCUGGAUUGGAUUGGAACAGUGAUGAUUCAGAUGAUGAAUACAAACAACAAACUUUAAAAGAAUCACCCUUGCCCGAUCUCCUGAUAGACGAGGACUAUCAUCAUCUCAUUAUUGAUUUAUGUAAAGCUCUUGCAACUUUGAAAAGGUAUUGGGAAGCAAUGGAAAUCAUCAAUAUGACAUUGAAAGUGGCGUUUAAUCAUAUCUCCCUAGAUAAGGAGCAAACACUACGGUCUCUUGGUGGUCUUGUAGCGCAAAAGAUAACUGAUCCUAGACAUGGAUGGAGCUAUGCACGUGACAUUGCUUUAAAACAUCCAUAUAGCAUUGCUGCUUGGAACUGUUUCUAUAAAGUUGUCUCAAGCUGGGAGAAUCGGUACACGAAGCACACAAAAUUCCUUCACACGCUAAAAACGAAACACAAAGAUUCUGUUCCGCCAAUUAUAAUUACUGGUCAUCAGUUUACGAUGAUCAGCCAGCAUCAAGUUGCAGCAAAGGAAUACUUAGAAGCUUAUAAACUGAUGCCAGACAAUCCAUUGAUCAAUCUUUGUGUUGGAGCUGCUUUAAUAAACUUGGCAAUUGGACUAAGACUUCAAAAUAAACAUCAAUGUUUUUUACAAGGCCUAGGAUUUCUCUUUAAUAAUCUUAGGAUUUGCAAUGGAAGCCAGGAAUCUUUAUAUAACAUAGCUCGAGCGUGUCAACACGUGGGUCUUUUCUCUUUAGCGGCUGGUUAUUAUGAAAAGGUGUUGGCAAUAACGGAAAAGGAUUAUCCUGCUCCAAAGCUUCCGAAUGAGAAUCAAGAGCUGAAUGAAGAAUCGGAGGGAAUUAACUGCGAUCUUCGAAGAGAAGCUGCUUAUAAUCUGCAUUUGAUCUAUAAGAAAAGUGGAGCUAAUGAUUUGGCUAGACAGAUCUUGAGAGAUUAUUGCACUUUUUAGGGUUUUGAUUAUUCAAGAAGGAACAUUUUUAUUUAUUUUAUUUUAUUUUUGCUAGAAACAUAGAGAUUCUGGGCAGGUCUGUACAUGAGAGCAAACAAUUUAUUUGUGCAUAAAUUUUUAUUUUUAAAUUAGAAUCAUUUUAUGUCUA